CGUGAGAGAGCAAGAGAAAGAGGGGAAAUGAACGUAACCAUCAUGACAGAUCAAGAAAAAGCCAGUGUUGCCAAAGCGGAAAGAGAGUUAAAGGCACUGAGGGCGACAAAUCUUCAGCUUUCAAAAGAACUUGAAGAGACUAGGGCACUCUAUAAGCAACUUGUGGAUGAAGGGCCUCACGAAAACUUCCAUGAACGGAGAGUUCAUCUUCUCAAAUCACAAGUCCUCCAGUUAGAAAGACAGGUUUUACUGCACACAAAUGCACUGAGCUCCCGGUCUGGAGUUUUGCUUCAUGUGGAGAAUGGUCUCCAAUCGAUAGCCGAUCAGUUACGAGAAUUACUUGCAAGUGACCACAAAGGCCCUACUGUUCCUGUCAAGCGAGCUCAGCUGACUAGUCUGAUUGAGACAGCAGAGGGCGCCAGACUAAGGCUAUACAAAAAUGUUGAGGCAAACAAUCCAGAAAGGCUAUCUCGUCCCAUUCUGUUUAUGGGUUCGUUCCUCAAACCAAGCGCUGAGGAAGAUGGAGUAACUCUUCUUGACGUCUGCAGUGGAAAGAUAGACCACCUCAAUCUCAAACAAGUGGCAAAGUUGGAAUCCAAGCUCUUCAGCCUACACAGACAGCUGCUUGGCCUCCACCAAUCACUCACAGUUACGUGGUCACAUGACCAUCAGCCAAUGCAAUUGACCAAUCAGCACCAAUCACUGGCUGCCAAGCAGAGGUUAUCCGGCCUCUUGGCCCAGUGCCAGAAGUCAAUUUCUGAGAGUUGCAGUGAUUUGUUAUCCCUUUCUAUUCUAGUGCCAGCGGCUCCGUGGCCAUUGAUCACAAGGCCAGUGUGUGCUGAGUUAAGCCUGGAUUCGGUCAUGUCGGCUCUUCCUAAUUUCCCAAAGAGUAAACAACAACAGGGGAAGGCCUGCAUAGAGGCUUUGCUGAAGGCGUGCAAUUAUUCCAGGAACGUGGCUAAAUUGGAGGCCAAGGCUAGUGCGGAAGAGCUACAAUUUCACCAGAGUGUUUACGAUGUGCAAAUCAAGUACAUGGAGUCUCUGUUCACUGCUGUCAGAGAGGCAUAUGCUGAAUUUGAGAAGAGCACACAGACGCUACUCUGUGAACCUCUUAAAAAGAUCCUGGAGGAGUAUUCCAGUUUGAAGUCGUCUGCUUCAGAAGAAGCACUCAGGGAGUUCUUGACGGCUUUCAAAGCCCAUUCAGUUGAGCUUGAAACAGUCGUUGACAUCUUAACCAUCAACAAAGAAGCACCUUCCACUGGCCAAGAGGCACUCUCUAGUUUCGGCACUGAUUUCUUCGCCUCUGUAGACGCCCUCAUUAAGAAAUGUUCCGCCGAGAGAGAUCAACGUGCGGAGGAAAUCGAAGAGGUGAAGAAGAUGAAAGAAGAUCAUAUGAAGAAUGGCCUUAAGGUCUUCGAAAGGCCGAAGCCCAAGACAGGACCAAAGAGUGCGAAGGAGGAGUACAACGAAGCGGUCGAAGGAGUGGAAAACGGUAACUCAUCAUCUGUGGCUCGGAGAGAUAGUGUUACUGAAACAGAUCGCAGUGCCAGACCACAAGCAGACACGUCGGUAAGAAAAGGAAGCUUAUCAUCGUCAAAGUCUGGCUCUGAAGACUCCGUCCAAGGAAAGAAUCUCGCCGGUAAGGAGGAUGCCGAUGCCAAACCAAAGAAGGGACCGAGGGUCAUAGCAAAGUUGAGCAGUUCCAAGGACCUAGAAACCGUCUUGAAGGAAACGGGUCGUACAAAACCGCCUCUAUCGUCCAAGAGCGUCCCCUCACCGGUUAGAAAAGUAUCAGUGGGCGACAACGGCCCCUCGUCAGUACCUCAGUCCCGUAUACCACGCUCAGGUAGCCUGCCUCGCCUUAAAACACCGUCCCCCAGGCAGAGCCCUCUGUCAGGUAGAACACUUGAGGGCAGCAAACAGACUGGUAUUCCAAAGAGCAGAGAAGGUAGUCUAUCACGCCAAAGUAUCGGAGGAACGCCAAGAUUUAGUGGUGAGAAGAAUAGGAUAGGACGGGGGUCACCUGUGUCUAGACCAGGAUCCGAGGGUGGCACUUGAAGAUAAUGGCCCUGCAAUUAUUAGUCCAAAGAAAGUAGUGCCUUUUAAACAGCAAUGAAUCAUUUUAUAGCAAUAAAUAAUGUAUAUCAUAGAAUGUAUAUCUUCCAAUAAUGUCUUAUAAGUGUGAUUUAAAAUAAGACAAGGGCCAUAUUUCAUAACGUUGUUGAAUUUGACAAAAUCAUUUGUGUGACCAGUCAUCAAAAAAGAUAAAAUUUCCAUACAUCUGCUGUCAUAUGCAAAGUGCCCCUAUUAAAUUCAAAUUUGUGCCUUAAACAGCAUAUAUGAAGUUCAAAAAGAUGGGUUGUUCACACAAGAAACCUAGGCAUAUUUUGGUGAUAACAAUGUGGAAAGGUGGAAGCAGCUCGCAAUACUGACAUGUAUUCAAGACAUAGUGAAAACACAUGGCUUGGAAACAACCAAUAGCCUCAUGGUAGCAUUUAGACUCGAGUUCAAUUUGGUUAAAUCGAGCCAUAAGGGGGGACCUAUGUUGAUUUCCAACCAAGCACAGUACACUAACGAUCACUGAUGUCUUGGGGCCAAGACAAGGUAGUAGCACUAAGCCAAGCAGUUAAGAUAUGAAGCCUGCCCUCUAU